AGUUGCCCUUGGAGAGUGUGAAGAUAAUCCGUUUCAGUUGCGUAGAGGAUCAGACAGUCUCAUAAAUGCAGUAUCUAAACGUAAAAGAAGAUUGCAAAGCCAUGGCUUUCUGUGCAAAGAUGAGGAGCACAAAGAAGAGUGAAGUAAACCUGGAAGCUCAGCAUCAGGGUUUAGAAAUACUUUUCUACCUGCAAGAUAAGGCUCCCAUUUCUUACACCAGUGGCGAGUUCACCUCAGAGGAGCUGUGCAUUGAAGCAGCCCAGAGGUGUUCUGUGUCUCCUCUGUGCCACAAUCUCUUUGCACUGUAUGAUGAGAACAGAAGACUCUGGUAUGCACCAAACCAGGUCUUUAAGAUAGAUGAGAAAACAUCAUACCGCCUCCAUUAUCGAAUGAGAUACUACUUUACAAACUGGCAUGGGACCAGUGAAAACGAGCCCUCAGUGUGGAGGCAUUCCCCAAGGAAGGCAAAGAACUACGAGAAGAAGCUGGGACCAGAAGGAACCCCUAUUCUUGAUGCAAACUCAUUAGAAUACAUAUUUGCCCAGGGUCAGUAUGACUUAGUGAAAGGCCUGGCACCAAUCCGUGAUCCUAAAAAUGAUCAAGAGGUUCAUGAAAUUGAAAAUGAAUGCCUGGGCAUGGCUGUCCUUGCAAUCUCUCACUAUGCCAUCAAGAAAAAUGUGAAGCUUCCAGAGCUUCCCAAAGAUAUGAGUUACAAACAUUACAUUCCUGAAACCUUGAACAAGACUAUCAGACAGAGGAAUUUCUUAACCAGGAUUCGGAUAAAUAAUGUUUUCAAGCAUUUCCUUAAAGAGUUUAACAACAAAACCAUUUGCGACAGUAGCGUGACUUCACGGGAUCUCAAAGUGAAAUACCUGUCAACCAUGGAGACCUUGACCAAACAUUAUGGAGCAGAAAUUUUUGAGACUUCUUUUUUGCUGAUUUCAUCUGAGAAUGAAAUAAACAGAUCUAAUUGUGGAGACAAUGAGAUGCUCCCACUCUAUGAAGUCAUCGUAACGGGAAACAAUGGAAUUCAGUGGAGGCUCAAGCCAAAUUCUGUACAGACAGAGAAAGAAAAGAAGAAGAAAACCGAUGGCAAAACCAGAAAGGAUGAAGAGAAACUCAAAAUUCGAGACACCUGGAACAGUUUCUCUUACUUUCCUGAAAUCACCCACAUUGUCAUCAGGGAGUCUACAGUCAGCAUUAACAAGCAGGAUAACAAAAGGAUGGAAUUAAAGCUGUCCUCACAUGAUGAGGCCCUGUCGUUCGCGUCGUUGAUAGAUGGGUACUUCAGACUUACAGCAGAUGCUCACCAUUACCUCUGCACAGAUGUGGCUCCUCCGCUGAUUGAGCACAACAUAAAAAACGGAUGCCAUGGACCCAUUUGCACGGAAUAUGCCAUCAACAAGCUGCGCCAGGAAGGGAACGAAACAGGAAUGUAUGUGCUGAGAUGGAGCUGCACAAACUUUAACCACAUUCUCAUGACAGUGACUUGUUCUCAAGGCUCAGAGAUGGGAAAUAGUUCAGUCCAGUACAAAAACUUCCAGAUUGAAGUGAAGAAAGGUGGAUACUUCCUACAUGGAUCCAACAAAUCUUUCUCAUCCUUAAAAGAGCUAAUGGAUCACCUGAAGGGACAAAUACUCCGGACAGACAACAUAAGCUUUACACUGAAGAGGUGCUGCCAACCAAAACCAAGAGAAAUCUCCAACUUGCUGGUUGCAACCAAGAAGGCGCAGGAAUGGCAGCCAGUCUAUCACCUGGGGCAGCUGAGCUUCCAUCGAAUCCUUAAGGAAGAAAUCAUGCAGGGUGAACAUCUUGGAAGAGGGACGAGAACACAGAUUUACUCAGGGAUCCUCAACUACAAAGAAGAUGAGAACGAAGGCUAUCAAAAUGAGAAAGAGAUUAAAGUCCUCCUCAAAGUCUUGGACCCCAGCCACAGAGACAUUUCUUUGGCAUUCUUUGAGACAGCGAGCAUGAUGAGGCAGGUGUCUCACAAGCACAUUGUCCUCCUCCAUGGAGUCUGCGUCCGUGAUGUGGAAAACAUCAUGGUUGAAGAGUUUGUUGAAUUUGGGCCUCUGGAUCUGUUUAUGCAUCGGAAAAGCGAAGUUCUGACAACUCCUUGGAAGUUCAAAGUUGCCAAACAACUUGCGAGCGCACUGAGCUACUUGGAGGAUAAGGAUUUGGUACAUGGAAAUGUGUGUACUAAAAACAUCCUAUUGGCAAGAGAGGGAAUUGACACUGAAUAUGGUCCCUUCAUAAAGCUGAGUGACCCAGGAAUACCAAUAACUGUGCUGACCAGACAAGAAUGCGUUGAGCGAAUCCCCUGGAUUGCACCCGAAUGUGUUGAAGACUCCAAAAAUCUAAGUGUUGCAGCAGAUAAGUGGAGUUUUGGUACAACACUGUGGGAAAUCUGCUAUAAUGGAGAAAUCCCACUGAAAGACAAGACGUUAGCAGAGAAAGAGAGGUUCUACGAGGGGCAUUUUGUGUUGGCAACACCAUCGUGCAAGGAGCUGGCUGACCUGAUGAAGCAGUGCAUGAACUAUGACCCCCAUCAGAGACCCUUCUUCAGAGCAAUCAUGAGAGACAUCAACAAGCUGGAGGAACAAAAUCCUGACAUUGUCUCAGAGAAGAAGCCCUUUACAGAGGUGGAUCCCACUGUCUUUGAGAAGAGAUUCUUGAAAAGAAUCCGUGAUCUGGGAGAGGGCCACUUUGGCAAGGUGGAACUCUGCAGAUACGAUCCAGAAGGUGACAAUACAGGGGAGCAAGUGGCAGUUAAAUCCCUAAAGCCAGAGAGUGGAGGGAAUCACAUUGCUGAUCUCAAGAAGGAAAUAGAGAUCUUGAGGAAUCUUUAUCAUGAGAACAUUGUCAAAUACAAGGGAAUUUGCACAGAAGAUGGUGGAAGUGGGAUUAAACUCAUCAUGGAAUUUCUUCCUUCUGGGAGCCUGAAGGAGUAUCUGCCGCGGAACAAGAACAAAAUCAAUCUCAAACAGCUUCUCCGAUACGCGGUUCAGAUCUGCAAGGGAAUGGACUACCUGGGCUCCCGUCAGUACGUGCACCGUGACUUGGCAGCAAGAAACGUCCUUGUUGAAAGCGAGAACAGAGUGAAGAUUGGGGACUUUGGUCUCACCAAAGCCAUCGAGACAGACAAGGAGUACUACACAGUCAAAGACGACCUCGACAGCCCUGUCUUUUGGUAUGCUCCAGAAUGCUUGCUUCAGAGUAAGUUCUACAUCGCCUCGGAUGUCUGGUCAUUUGGGGUGACACUGUACGAGCUGCUUACCUACUGUGACUCGGAGUCCAGCCCCAUGGCAGAGUUCCUGAAGAUGAUCGGCCCCACGCAGGGGCAGAUGACGGUGGCGCGGCUGGUGCGUGUCUUGCACGAGGAGAAGCGUUUGCCACGGCCGCCCAGCUGCCCAGAGGAGGUGGACCAGCUAAUGAGGAAGUGCUGGAUCUUCAAGCACGACGAACGGACGACCUUUCACAAUCUGAUCCAAGGAUUUGAAACCAUUAUGAGUAAAAUGUAAUUCACUGUUUUGUAUAUCCUGUCAGUACUUUCAACGUGCGUCAACACAGAAAUGCCCAAAACCUUUCAUUGUUUUUUUAUAACUACUGUAAUUUGUACUCUGACUGUGCUAAUGUGGUUUAAAGGAGCCUUUUUCCAAUAGUUUUCCUUUUGAAUUUUAGUCAACAGUUGGAUCAAGUGAAUUAAAAGGUAUGGCAGAAAUAAUAGCUUCAACUCUUCUUACUGCUCUUAGUGCGAGGCAGUUUUAGCUUUAGCCCAUUACGGUCUUGCCACAAUGUGAACUACCAUGAUGUCCGAAGAUGUUCUGUGUGCUACCUGUGGCAUUGCAACAAGUCUGCUGGGCACGUGUGGUCCUUGAAGACCUGAACUAUGUAAGUAGAUAGAAGAGGAUUUAAUGCAGUAUGUUAAUUUUCAUGGGGUUUUGAGGUUUAAAAGAAGUUUGCCAAACAGCCUUCAUGUGCACUUCAGUUUUGGGCACAGAAAUCCAAAUCUAGCAUAAAAAUCCAGAGAAGACCAACGAAUAUGCUGGUCUUACCCAGUCUGCAGUUCUGAGCAAUCCACGUAGUGAAAAAAUAGCUACUUGACUGUGGUGAUGGUCCAAAAAGCAAUCCCAAAAGCACGGCUUGACAUGUAGAGCGUCCUGUUCCAGUGAGGAACCCCAUUUCUGGAUGACUGCAUUUGCUUUUUACAUGACCCACUUGUACCUGCUGAAGUUUCCACUGGUUAUGUAGCCAUUAAACCUACAAAUGCCUCUCAGCCAGCACCGCAAGUGAGCUCUGAUGCUGUGAACUUCAUUACAUACUUUGGGAAUGGAAAAGAAUAGGAAUCAAUGUACAGACUGCAGGGGAGAGCUCCCCGAACCAUGAGGAAUUAGCUAAAAGUGAGGAUUGAGCACUUGGGACAAGGAGCAGAAGACCUGGAGCAUGUGGAACAGCCUUUCUGUGACCAGUGGGGCCGCGCACAUCGCACGUAAGGUUUUGGUCAAUGGUUUCUUUGGCCAGCAUGUUGUAUCAGUCAUUUCUGCUGAUCUUCUCUAAAGCCUUUUGUUUGGCCUGAAAUGGUGACUGGCCUUUUGUUAGGUUGGCUUCUGGACUCAAACCAUGCUCAUGGCAGGAUUAAGGAACCAAAGGGAAGCCAGCGGAGCCAGACUGGGACCACCACCACCAACACUGUAGUGUCAGGACCAGAUUUAGUGUUGAACCCAUCAGCAGGUGAAGUGUGGAAUGGCGCUUGGCUCGGAGAAGCCACCAGGCUUCAAGGAACAGUGCUUGAACGGGAAACCUUUUGUUGUAGAACCUGGGCCAUUGUGUUGUCCCGGGUUUUGAAAAUGCUUUGAAGAGAGAGUUCUGGCCAUACAGAAAGAUGUCUUUACACACACAUAUAUAUAUAUACAUAUAUAUAUAUAUAAUUGUAAUUAUGAGCUGCAAGGAGGUCAGAUUUAUUUUUACAGUAUUACCUGUUUUUUCUGUAUGUACAUCCCUUAUGGCCCUGAUUUCAAUCUGUCAGCGCUUUGUUACUCUUUAUACAAACAAAUCCAAUGAAUAAAUCUUCUUUUUCUCCAUG